AUUUUACUUUACAAAAGAACAAUGAAUCUUUCAAUAGUAUUUAGAGUAGUUAACAUUAUUGUAGCAGCAUUCAUGAUUAUUGGUGGAAUUAUGACUUGUAUUGCAGGAGGGUUUCCAAACUUCAUUCAGGGUAUUUUUGUCAUUAUUUUUGGCUUAAUGACAUUAUUGUUCGAGUUUAGAUUACCAGCUAUGAUUACUCAGUUUGCAUCUUUUAUGUUUUCGUUUAUGGGACGUGGCCUUUUUUAUAUUUUCCUUGGCUGUAUUACACUCAGUUAUCGUGGGCUUGCUCUUGCUUCUGGUAUCAUUGUUGCUGUAAUUGGUAUCGUUUUUGUCAUCCUUCAUUUCUUUAGAAAUAAAAUUGAUAUACCUUCAAAUAUGACAAAGAGAGCAUUCGAAGAUGCAAUGAGUGGUUAUGGCAGUAGUCAGGAUAAUACUACUCAACUCAAUGAUCCUACUAGACCCGUGCCUCCUCUUAACUAUCCAACAGAUGGAUUUUCCACUACUCAAAGUCCAUACGUCGCAAAUCCUAAUAAUCCCUACCCUCCUAGCCCCACUUAUCCACCUGCAAAUUAUACGAAAUCAAGUGCAGUUUAAAUAAAUAAAUAGUACUUUUAUUUCUAAUAGCCAGUUUUUUGAAUACUUUUAGGUAUCUAUUCAAAGUAGUAUUAUUUUAUGCAUCAAUCCUUACUCUCUCUCUCUCUCUCUUUUCAAUAUCUCUUGUAAAAAAAA